CCGAGAAAGAAACUCAGGGUCGAGAGGACGACGACCUCUUUCUCUCUCCUCUCUCUCUCUCUACGACCUUUUUCCCUUUCGUUUUCGUUCGAAUUUUACUGGAAAAAAUCGAUCAAAAACCCUCGCGAUCGCGCCGUCGGGGGUUCGUGGGGGGACCCUAGGGUUGCGAUCGCGACUCAGGAGCAGGAUCUUAUCUUUCAUGUUCUAAAAGCUUCGUCCAUCACUAUCUUCUUCUUCUUCUGCGGUGCAAAAGGACCCUCACAAACGAGAGAUCCCCUUGGUGAAAGUGAAAAGAUAUUGUUUUUAAGAGAUCAAAGCUGUAGAACUUUGUGAGCAUCUCUGCUGAAGUAUAAUGGCAAUGGAGAAUCCUGUGAGACUAAUAGGAAGUACUGGAGGAAGGAGCUGGCCUGUGAGUAAGGAUGCUUUGGGAUUCAAUUCGUCUUCGAGUAAUCUAGCUGGAGAAGAGUUGUUUCAGUCAAGUAGUGACAGAAUAUAUGAUACCUGGAGGAACACAAUCCCUAAUAGAAGCGGGAGUGCACCGCCUACCAUGGAAGGGUCCUUAGCUGCACUUAGCAAUCUCAUAGGCCAGAGAACCACUAGCUUUGAUUCCAAUUUCGGAAACUUGAGCAGUUCAACUGCAAAUUAUGAAUAUGAAGAGCAGCUGCGUUCUGAUCCAGCAUAUGUACAACACUACUUGUCCAAGGGUAACUUAAACCCUAGGCUUCCGCCGCCUCUAAUCUCACGAGAGGGACGACGAUUGAUGCAUCAGCUUGGAAAAGUUGGGAAUAACUGGAGAGCGGGUUCUUUUGAUGAUAGUAGUAAGGGACAUUCUUUUGUAUCGCGAUCUGUUCUCUCUACCCAUAAGGAAGAAUCCGAAGAUGAUAGGUCUCCUAGGUUGGAAUCAAGCGGCCAUGCAGCGGACAACGUCCAGUUUGUAUCUGAGCAGUGCAUGCCCGGUUUGGAAGGUCAUCGCAACAGUCUCGUUGAUUUUGUGCAGGACAAUUUUACUCGGACUCCGUCACCUGCAUAUGAUAACUGCUCUCAUCCUUCCAAUACUGACUCAACUGAAGAAACAACUGCCUCUUCUUGCAUCAGCCCUUUACAGUGUUCUUCACUGAGCAUGCGUAGUAGGUCUGUAGAGUCAAAUACAUCUUCUGUGUCUGUUCGUUCACAUACACCUAAACCUGGUCGAACGACAUCAGUUGUUGGCUCUGGGGGAACUUUGGUUAUGCAACCUGGACUUUCUCUAAAAGGAAAGUCAAAUGCGGUAGAUGGAAAUUUUGGUAAUGAACUUGGCAGUGUUGUCUCUGAAAUGAAGAACUUGAAGAUAAGUUCCAAUGAGCACAAUGAUCAUAUUAAGCAUAUGUUAUUCCAGCAAGGCUCUUCAGUUCAAGUUCAGGGUGAUCAUUCUCAGAUGAAUCCUCAUGUUGCCAUUUUGGAUAGCUUGUCCCAACCUCAUAUAAAAUUAUCCCCUGUCGACAUACAACCAGUAAUGCAGUCGACCGGCAUUACAGCUCCGCUCUACACAACAAGUGCUUAUGGAAAUCCAUUUUAUCCGAAUCUUCAACCGCUUGGCUUUUACCCUCCACAAUAUCAAAUUGGCGGUUAUGCUCUGAAUGCCCCAUUUGUUCCACAAGUUAUCCCUGGGUAUCCUCCGCAGAGUUCUGUUCCCAUGCUUCUUGAUAAUCCUCUUAGCCCUAACAUCACUGGUAGAACAUCUGGUUUUCCUGUAAAUAGUGGAAAUCUUACUGCUGGAGCUGAACUCAUGCAGCCAUAUAAGUUCUAUGGGCAAUUCGGGAUACCCACGCAACCUCCCAUUGCCGACCCGAUGUACUUUCAGCAGCCUUCUUUCAGUGCAUAUCCUGGUGCCAGCACAAUGGUGCCUAGGGCUAGCAUGAUGGGAAAUAUUAAUGAUAAUUUUGAUCCCCAGAAAAUUCCACCAUCUUCUGCUACAUAUUCACCUGAUCAGAGGCCUCAUUUUCCAAGAAGUGGAAGCACUAAUAUUCCAAGUGGUAGAAAGGGAGGAGCUUUCGUCUCAAAUCAUCCGGGGACUACUGCAUAUAUGGGAGUUCUGACCCAAUAUCCCUCUGCUUCAUUGUCCAGUCCUGUAUAUCCGGGGUCACCAAUGCCCGGAACAAGCUAUCCAGGAAGGAGAACUGACACUAUGAGAUUGCAGCCUAAUUCUUCAAGGAAUGUGCCUUCUCCUUCAGGAUGGCAGGGACAGCGAGGGCGCGAAAAGCUUGAUGAUCAGAAACCCUGCUCUUUCUUGGAUGAGCUGAAGUCCAAUAGAACUCGUAGGUUUGAGCUAUCUGAUAUUGCUGGGCGUAUUGUAGAAUUCAGCGCUGACCAACAUGGCAGCCGAUUCAUCCAGCAGAAAUUAGAAAACUGCAGUGCAGAAGAGAAAGCAUCUGUUUUUCAAGAAGUCCUUCCUCAUGCUUCAACAUUAAUGACCGACGUGUUUGGGAAUUAUGUGAUUCAAAAGUUCUUUGAGCAUGGGAGCCCUGAUCAGAGAAGGGAACUUGCGAAUAAGCUUGUUGGUCAAAUGUUACAAUUGAGUCUUCAGAUGUACGGCUGUCGUGUUAUUCAGAAGGCGCUCGAAGUUAUUGAACUUGAUCAGAAAACACAACUCGUGCGGGAGCUUGAUGGACAAGUUAUGCGGUGUGUGCGUGAUCAAAAUGGAAACCAUGUGAUACAGAAAUGCAUUGAAUGUGUACCAACUGAUAAAAUUGACUUUAUUAUUUCUGCUUUCCGUGGUCAAGUUGCAUCACUUUCUACACAUCCCUAUGGUUGCCGUGUUAUUCAGAGAGUAUUGGAGCAUUGUACAGAGGAUUCCCAGGGUCAAUGCAUAGUUGAUGAGAUCUUGCAGUCUGCUUGUACCCUCGCACAAGACCAGUAUGGGAAUUAUGUUACACAGCAUGUUUUGCAGCGGGGAAAACCGCAUGAAAGGAGCCAAAUUAUUAGCAAACUCGCUGGGCAGGUUGUACAAAUGAGCCAAAACAAAUUUGCAUCUAAUGUUAUUGAGAAGUGUUUGGAGCAUGGUGAUGCUGCAGAAAGAGAACUCUUGAUUGACGAGAUAGUCGGACAAACAGAGGGAAAUGACAAUUUACUGGUGAUGAUGAAAGACCAAUUUGCAAAUUAUGUUGUUCAGAAGAUUCUAGAAACAUGUAGUGAUAAGCAACGGGAAGUAUUGCUCGAUCGUAUAAGAGUUCAUCUCCCAGCUUUAAGGAAGUACACUUAUGGGAAACACAUUGUUGCCCGCGUGGAACACAUCGAUGGUGAAGGAACUGAUGCUGCAGAAUCAUGAAAUAUAAAAGAAACAGCAGUAUACAAAUCGGCAAGUGAAGAAGCACAAUAUUUUGGCAAAUUUCUCAUGAAUUAGAGGUGGAAAUUGAAAAAGGAAGAUCUAACUGCUAGUUUGUAAUUGUACAGAUAUGUGGGGAUUUUCAUUAGGAUAGUUUUGAUUUGGAUGUUGGAUGUGUUCCAUUGUAUUAUAUAUAAUAUAAUAUAUCAACAUAUACCUGGGAUGUGUAUUUAUAGGAACCUUAGGCAAUAUAUUAAUAUAUAUUUGUAUACUGCAGUGAUUUGGUCAUAUGAAUAGGAUAUGUUACUCAGAUCAGGUUCUGGGACUGCAGCUUA